UCAACGUCCCCCAGCAGCCUUGCCCAUCGAUCCCUGUUAUCCUGACCAGCUCUCGAUCUCCCUCCUGUAAUCUGACCAGAUAAUCCCCUGAAAUGGCUGGCACUCUGCGCGGCCUGAUCCUGGCCAUCCUCGUCGUCGUCGCCGUAAUGCCGGCGUCAGCCAAGGACUACACGGUGGGCGACUCGUCCGGGUGGAAGCCCGUGGUGGACUACGCUGCCUGGGCCAAGGGCAAGCAGUUCAGCGUCGGCGACACUCUCUCGUUCCAGUACAGCGCGGCGCACUCGGUGCUGGAGGUGAGCGCGGCGGACCACGGCGCGUGCUCGGCGAGCAACCCGCUGCGAUCGCACCGGGACCAGAGCACCACCAUCCCGCUCACCAAGCCGGGCACCCGCUACUUCAUCUGCGGCGCCGCGGGCCACUGCGCCGCGGGCAUGAAGCUCGCCGUCACCGUCUCCGGCGGCGACGCCGGCCCCACCAUGCGGUCGACGAACGCGACGCCCGCGGCCGGCUCGACGGCGGCCGCGACCGAGUCGGAUUUGAGCGCGGCUGCUGCCACUGCCAGCGGGGCUCGCCUCGCGACGGGCCUGCUGCUCGGGGCCGUGGGCCUCGCUGGCCUGAUGGGCUGAAUUCGAGGCCUCUUCUGUUUGCUUCAGAUCUCUUCAUAUGCAUCGUAUCCCGAGGGCCCGAAGCAGGCUGAACACGUGUCUGCUCUGAGCUCUGCUACGGCACUACCCGUAGGUUACUACUGUGCCUCCAGAGUGUCUGUGCGUCUGGACGUCUACGCGCGUGUGUUAGUUUUUGUUGUGAUUUUGUGGCUACUGGUGGUGCGGUUCUUAUCGUUGAUGACUGACAAUAAAACUUCACCCUUACAACAACAAGUCUA